CCUCGUCAUCUGCCUGCCUCGGCCUCCCAAAGUGCUGGGAUUACAGGUGUGAGCCACUGUGCCUGGCCCAAUGUCCCUUUUCUGAAGAGCUAGCAGCUCUCUGUCCUUUCUGGUCCCUCAGCCUGUUAGGCCAGCACGGGGGCCCAUAUUCAUGAUGAGGGCUCUUAGAUCCCCAGCUCCUAUAAAAGGUCAUGCUUAUAGAGUAGGUGACAGCCAAUUCUUGCCAGUGCUAGAAUAAGGAAGGAGACUGACGUGACUCUACUCAGAGGAAGCUGAGCCUUACCCAGUGGAUGCAUGGCCCAGCCUGGGUGAGCCCUGUGGGUAACUUGGCAUUCCUCAGGCCAUCCCUUGGAAAACUCCAUCUUCACCACUUCCCCUUUAGCCUUCCAGCCUCACAAGGCAGGCUGCCCAUGGCUGCCCACCCACUGCAGCUUAGCCUGGGUGUCGCCAGUCUUCUCCUUCUGUGUAAAUGGUAUGAUUAAGCUGGAGGGCAGAGACAGGAGCCCUGAAAGAAGCCCACUUCCUCCAGGAAGCCUUCUUUGCUUUCUCAGUGGGAGUGCUUCCUUCUUUCCCUUGCCCUGUAGCACAUACCUUCCUCCUAGUUUGUUUAUCCAUGGGUCCAUCCAUCCAUCCAUCCACCCAUCCAUCCACCCACCCAUCCAUCCAUCCAACAAACAUUCAUCCAGCACUUAUUUACACUAGUGACCAAGAACAUGGUCCCUGUGCUCCAGAGCCCACAGUCUAAUAAGGGAAAGAAUUAUUAUGCAACUAGUUUCAAGUUAACAAUUUAAUUAUAACUGUGAUAAAUGCUCUGCAACAGACGUAUUUGAACCUACGGGGAGAUAUUAGGUAGAAAAGACUUCCCUGAUGAAGGAAUGUUUCACCCAAGACCUCACUGUCUGCUAUGGUAGCCAGUAGCCACAUGUGACUAUUGAGCCCCUGAAAUGUGGCUAGUGUCACCAAGGAACUGAGGGUAGAUGAAUAAUUUUAUCAAAAUAAAAUAACUAUUCUGUGUCAGGCCCUGUUAAGGCCAGUCCAAACUAGUCUGGUUGAAAACACCAACAAUUACGUCCAGUUCAGCAUCCACCUCCUCCCCUCACCCCAGCCCAAUGCUGCCCCCAAGUCCCUGCUGAAGGAUCUGGAAGGGAUGGAGGUAAAGCAUCCUUUUGUUCCUCCUCCUUUCCCUGAAUUGGGUCUGUCUAUCAUCUAGUGUGUUAGGACCUGGGAGGGAAGAUGGAAAAAGAGGGACCUUUUACCCAACAAUGCUCUGUUCACUAUGCUCUGUUCAACAAUGCUCUCUGUUCACUAUGGCUGGACUCUGGAAGCCAGCUGCCUCCUAGGGCACAGGUGUGGAUUCCUAGGAGGAUCCUGCAUGUGUGCAUGCAUGCAUGUGCGUGUGGGUGUGCCCAUGUGUGUAUGCUGUGGGGGUACACAGUCUGCUGCACAGUCUCUCUUAUGCAUGAUCUGAUCCACGUUUAUAGCUCCCCGCUGGAGUCCAUGCUGCAGUCUCUUACUCCUGGGCCCUCUUGCCAGUGGUCAUCUCUCUUGAGUGGGAUGCUCUAAGCUCAGCUCCCUCCUUUCAGUGGGGAUCUCUCCAUGGACCUCACCCCCUUGCCACUCUGCAAGGAGGAAGCUUGAGCUGCUGCCCUCCCACCCCGUCCCUCUACCCUGCCAUCUCUUUUCAGUUCCUUUUUCUCUUGCUCAGGGCAACAUUAAGGUGGAUCAACAAAUUCACUGUUGCUUCAGGAGACACCUGGAAAAAGAGAAGCCAGCCUCCUCCUCCUGCAGGCACCCAAUAUCUAGGAGUCAUUUUAGGGUGCCUUGCUUGGCUGGGUGGUGGUGGGGGGUUGUGAGGUUGGGGGGAGUUUCUGUAACAACCUCCCCCAGGCUGACAACUCCUCUCUAUCCUCUCCCUCCACUUUAGCUGAGCGUACAGACCCCAAAGAGAUGGGAUGGCCGGGGAGCAGGCCAGGCUUGGCUGCUUUGUAAUCAUACCUGGCCCCAGAGGUUCAUUUGUUAUUACCGAGUAUCUGUUCUGUGCCCGGCACUGUGUGGCUGCUGGUUACAGCCGUGAAUAAAGAUCAGUAGUCUUCAGGGCAAAUCAUUUAUUUUUCAUGAGGGAAGUGGAUAAAAACAAAUAAGUAUACAUCAGGGCUAACCACUGGAAAGCCAAGUAAUGCAGGGUAAGGAAAUGGAGAGACCAAAGGGAGAGGCUGUUUUCAUAGGGAGGUCAGGGAAACUGGUGGCUGUGUUUCAAAUUCAUGUUUCCCCAACUUGGAGCCUAGUAGACAAUUUUGGGCCACGGGUAAUCCGUGCUGCCAUUGUGCAAGCCUAGUGAAGCCGUGAGGCAAGGGUUGGGUUUCAAAGUCUAGGGUCUUUCUUGGUUGCACGUGGUUGUGUAUGUCAAGGCUCACUUCUCAACCCUCUGGGCCCAUGUCUGAUCCAUUCUGCAUUCCCAGAAGCCAUGUCUGGGUCUGGGACAGGGCAGGUUUUUGAUGCUGCUUGUUCAGCAUGGAGGAGCCUCCAGGAGAAGGGACAUCAAGGCUCAGCCUAUCAGAGGCCAGCUUUGUGGCUUGAAGCUUGAGGCAGAGCUCAACCACUUCCCUGUCUUGCUCAUGGGGAAUCAGAGACGGUUGGAACCCAGUGAAAGGCUCCAGAUGCCUCGCUGGCUAGACACCAUAGGCCUGAAGGUUUGGGGCUUGGAAGGAGGCCUUGGCCACAAUGACCACUUCUCUCACUGUGGCUCAAGCCUCUGCUCCAGGCAUGGCAGGGAAUGGAGUGGGGUGAGCAACUGGGAAGUAUAAGGUCUGCUCCAGGCUGUCAGAGGCUGGCCAGUGGCUCCUGGGCUCUUUCAGGGCCUUAUCCAGUGGUUGUCACCGGGAACAGACCAGGAGCACUGUGAGUCUCUCACCAUGGCUACCACACCUGGGUGGGCCCUGGGCUCCCUCCUGCCUACCCUUCUGCUGGGACUCACAGGUGAGUCCUGAUUCCUGUCCAGAGAGACCCUCAGGGCAGGCAAGGAGACCCCCAGGAAUGACCAAAUCCAGCCACUGUGUCUUCCUGAAGGGAGACUGAGGCUCAGAAGACGUGACCGAACUGUUUUCCUGCCAGUCAGGUGCUAUUUUUCAUCUUUUCUUCAAUGUAGACCUUGUGGAUAAAGGGAGUUGGUGGGAGCUGGGGGAUCAGAGGAGGAAGUGACCUAAUGGUGAGGGGCUCAGGGGAGGUCAGGAGGUAAAAGAGCCCACCUCCCAGAUUUCUUGAUGUCAGCUCUAGUCUGGGUGGCUACCUGUUCUGGAUCAGAAAGGGUGUAAGGGUGGAAAAGACAGAGAGAGAGAAAGAAAGAGAGAGAGAAGUCGCCAGAGUGAUGGAGCCUCCAGCAUUGGAGGCAUGGAAGAGUCCUGGACCCGAAGUCAGACCGGCCUUCUUACCCUCCUUCCUUAGCCACUGAUAGGCUGUGUGACCUUGAGCAAGUCACGAGACCUUUCUGAGUCUCUGUUUCCUCUUCUGAAAGUGGGGACAAUAAUACCAGCCUUCCAUAGCUGGGAUGUGGAGAAAAAGCAGCAUACACGGCUGAAAGUGUUUUCUGAACCACAUGGUGCUGUGUGCAGGGUGGGUGAUAAGGGCAGAGCACAGUUCAGAAGGUACCAGAGCUGUGUGCUAAGAGGAUGAGUUCCUAUGGCCUCCUGCGCUGCCCUCUGCCUGUCAUCCUGCUUGUCACUGGUUGUUUAUUUGCCUUUCCCCCGCACCUGACCAGAUGCUUCUCAAGGGUAGGGGUCCUGUCUGACUCAUCUCUGUGGUCUCAGCACCCAACUCCUGACCUGGUGCAGAGCAGGAGCUCAGGGAAUGCUGCGAAGACUUGGGGAGGUUCCUGCUCCAGAGCUCUGCAGGGCUGUCCUUAGGAGGAGGGCUGGACAGCCCUUCAUCUCUCUGACUGGUCCAUCUCAGAGGACAAGCCCUGGAGACUCGGUGCCUUUCAACUGUACUGCUGGCCCUUUCAACUCCAAGGACUUCUCCCGGGACUUCAAUGUUACCUGGUUGAAGGACAGUGAUGAACAUCCAGCCUCAGCUCAGCGCCUGGUGCCUGACAAUGAAGGCAAUGACUUCAUCACCAGCAAGGCAUGGGUGACACUGACCCGACAGGAUGUCUCAUCUGAGAUCACCUGCGAAGUCACCCACAGGGCCCUGGUAGAGCCCCUGAAAACAACCAUGAAUCUCUCCCAAGUGCUCCGAGUUGUCCCCACCCUGAAGAUCACCACUGAAACCUCUGGGACCCGUGUACGUGUGCAAGACAGAGUGAAUCUCACCUGCCAUGCCCUCCACUUCUAUCCCGCCCACCUGCGACUCACCUGGAUGGAGAACAGGCGCAUGAUCCAGACCCUGGCGUCCCCUCAGGCCACCAGAAAUCAAGAUGGGACAUACUCUCUGGAGCACACGUGGCAGGCAGAGGUCACGCCGGAGGAGCGUGAGUUUGCUUGCUGGGUUGUCCACGAUGAGCAGCCCCCGCUCAAGGCCAAUGUCACCCUGCAAGGCCAGGUGCACAGGCAGGGGAAAGUUCCCCCUACAGUGACAGUGUUCCAGUCUUCCACCUCCUCCAGCUUGGUGGCCGUUACUUGCCUUGUGCAAAGAUUCUAUCCACAAAACAUGCACCUCACCUGGCUAGAGGAUUGCCAUACACUCAAAGGUGCUGAGCAACCCACAUUCAAGAAGAAUGAUGAUGGGUCCUACACCCUGGAAAACCUGCUGCUGGUGAAUGCAUCAGUGCGGGGGCCUGAGCGGGUGCUUACCUGCAUGGUGGAACAUGAGGGACAGCCUCCCAAACGGGCCAACCUCAUACUGUCCACAAGAGCCCACACUGCUUAUAAGCCCAUUGGGAGCACAGGUCCAGAGAUGCCUGCCCUUAUCUUUGUGGUUUUCCUCCUGGGCCUCAAGGUGCUGCUGGUGAUGAGUUUCACAGCGACCUACAUCUGCAGGAGGUGGAACCUGUGACAGCCCCUGCAUGCCCUGUGAUACAUUACUUCCAGCCUUCUUGAAGGGGUUCAAGCGGGGAGAAGCUGCAAGGACUUAUAGGUCACUAAAGACCCCUUUAUUCCGUCCCUGCCACCCCCAUCGCGGACACGCUCCCUUCCGCACACCCUCCUGAUGUUCCUUCCCUCAGAGCUUUGGAGCUGAGUCAGGGACGGAUUUUCUUCAUAAGGAUUCCAGGGAUGUCUUGACCCUCAUGUACUGAGCUUCAAAUUGGCCCUGCUUCCACCCAAGAGAAUUAAGCUGAUCAUUCUACCCUGGUCAUGAACAAUCCUUAAUUUUCAGAGCAGUUUUUACUUUUGUGCAGGGUUUUUGAAGAUAUGAUUUCAUUUGAACAUACAUAUAUUUUGAAAUCACUGGUAAGUUGCACAAGCAUUUUUCUCUUCUGAAAUGUACAGAAAAAAUACAAGCAAUACCCAAGGACCUACCAUCCUAUCUUUUAAAAAUAGUAACAUUUGCCAUUAUGAUCUUCAGUUCUUUAAAAAAACAAAAACAAAAAAAAAACCCAAAAAAAAACACUGUUCUGAAUUUAUCAUUCUCAAGCAUGAUUUUAUAACUUUAUAACAUAUGUAUAAAUCCUUAAGCAAUGUAUAGUAUUUUUAUAUUUUUAACAUUAUAUAAAUGCUAUGAUACUGUA